AUGCUUGCCACAAAUACAGUUCGAUUAGAACAUCAUUCACAAACCUGUUUACCACCUUCACUAAACACCGGUGUUGACGAUAAUAUUUUCAAAGAUGAAGUCUGUUCUAAACAGAACGAUGCUAAUUGUUCGAAUAUAGUCCAAUCGUCAUUUGGUAUCAAUAAUUACGCUCAAUAUCGUGAUGAUAACACUGUUAUAUCUCAGUUAAACAUAUUAAAAUCUCAGUCAAUAAUACCAGAAGAAAAUGAUAAAGAUAUUUCGUAUUAUGAUGAAAUGAAUACUAAAUUUCCAAAUAAUGAUAUUGUGCGUGUUAAAAAUAAUAAUCGAAUUGACGAUAGUUUAGAUGAGAUUAUGGAAAAUAUAUCAACAACCUCCUCCGAUAUAUCAAAUGACAGUUAUGUUGUCUUAGAAAUUAAAUGUUCACUUGCAGCUCAAGAGAUGGCAUAUCGUUCUGCCGUUUGUGCGAUCGACCCUGUAGCUGGUUUAAAGCAAAAGAUGGAACUAAUACCAAGGAAGAUAAUGAAACAUUCAACAGCUCAUAAAGGUGAAAUAGAGAAAAAAAAAAAGUUUACUAAACGAUUACGAAUGAACUAUCCGGCUAAUCGUAAUCAUUUUGAACGUAAUUCAUCAUAUUCAUCCGAUUGCGAUAACCAACGAAUAAGAUUAAGAACAAUUCAAAAAGUAAAUGAUCAACCUUUAAUCCAAUCGUCAACCAAACAAAUCUGUCGACCAUUAAAACGAAAAGAUUUUAUGUUAACAGAAAAAUCAAUUUUAAAUCCAAGCGAAAAUGUUCACGGGCAAUCAUCAAUAUCAUGUAUUGGUUCAAUUACACAUUAUUCUCCACCACAACAGAAAAAGGUUUUAAAUAGAAUUGAUGAUGCUAAUACGAAAAACAACACCAUUAUUUCAACUCGGUAUAAAAUAAAUGCUAAGACUCACCAUGAAAUUGAUGAUAAAAUUCGAUCAAAAUCUCGAAUAACGGCCGUUGAUGAGGAAAAAUGCAGCAGAUAUCAGCAAACGGAUGAUACCUAUUCUUCGACAGAAUGCAAAACUGAAUUGGAUUUACCAACAACCCCAUUAAAAACAUUUGCCUUCGAUCAAUUGGCUAUGCAAAAAUAUGUAAAUAAUGUACCAACUCCUAGUACAUCACCGACUCACGAUUCCAUUGUACAAAAAUCAAAAGCAACUUUUCCAUUACACCUUUCUACUGCAUUAGCGAAGAAAAAUGAACUUUUGCAAGAAACAAAUGGUAAUCUUUAUCAAGUUAACCCGAUUCAACAUGAUUCCAAUCAUUUAAUAGUAAACACGAAAGAAGAAAUUGGCCGUGAUACAACUUCAUCUAAAAAGAUCACUUUAGAUGAAUCUGUCAAGUUCGAUUAUUAUCCAUCCGACUUGAUGAAAAAGUCACAUGGGAGUACGUUUGGUAGUGUAGCGAGAAAUUCAGCCUUAUAUCGUUUAAUUAAAAAACAUUAUCAAUCGGGUGUGACAGGUCAUCGUUCGAAUAGUGAACCGCAAUUAAUCGAAAUAAAAUAUGCUAACGGUAAAACACUGAAAGACAAUGACGCCAUUUUACAAGUGGAAACAGCUAAAAAAAGUUUUAAAGCACCAACAUUUUCUACAUCAUUUUCAAAAAUAAAUCGUUUUGGAAUACCAUCUAAUCGAUUAUUUUCUCGACAUCAAGAACUAUCCUCAAUAAGGGAACUAAAUCAACUCGAUAAUGAUAGUUCAUCUCGAUUUAAUUUUAAAGCAGUAACAACACGUCUCAGUCGUUUAAUUGAAACAACAUCAUCGGGUACGUACGAUCUACAAAACGGUUCAUUUUCACGAGGAAAUGGCAUUGUUCGUAAACAGUUCGACAGAGUUAGAACAUUUGUAUCAAAAAUGGCCGUUGUUGAUGAUGGGCAAGAAAAUUAUACAAGUAUAGAGGAAAGAAGUAUAAGUAAAAAAUGUGAAAUAUUUAGUGAAAACUUUAAGACUUAA